UCCGGGCCGCAGCCUCCCGCGGGACGGGACGCAUGGGCGAGCGCUCGGCUGCGAGGAUGCCCCGGGGCGGCCUGCGCUGGUUGCUGCUGCUCGGCUGCCUCUGCGCCCUGGCGCUCUGCUCCUCCGGGACCAGCCCCGGCUUCGUGGGCAGGAUCACCGCGCCAGGCCUGGACUACGCGCGCCAGGUGGCCGUGGCGGGCCUGCGGGAGAAGCUGGCCAGGCUGGUGCUGCCGGACUUCUCGGGCUCCCUCCACGUCAGAGUUUUCGGGCAGGUGGACUACCACUUCGGCAGGUUGACCAUCCAGAGCUUCCAGCUGCCAAACUCGGCCGUGGCACCAGUCCCCGGCGUGGGCCUCCGGCUCACCAUCACCAACGCCUUCACUUCGCUGACGGGCAAGUGGAAGGUGCGGAAGAGAUGGCUGAGGGACAGUGGCUCCUUCGACCUGAAGGUCGAGCGCAUCUCCAUCUCCGUGACCCUCAGGCUGGGCAGCGGCCCUGCCGGGCGGCCGACCGUCUCCACCUCGAACUGCAGCGCCAGCAUUUCCGACGUCGACAUGCAUAUUUCUGGCAGGUUCGGCUGGCUGUACAACCUCUUCCACAGAAGCAUCGAGUCAGCCUUCCGAGAGGCCAUGGAAGGCCGGGUCUGUGACGAGGUGCGCAGUUCGGUGAGCACCAAGCUGCAGCCCUUUCUUCACACUCUGCCAGUCACGGCGAAUAUCGACAAGGUCGCCGGCAUCGAUUACUCCCUGGUUGGGCCUCCCGUUGCCACGGACAGCUCUGUAGACCUGGCGCUGAAGGGAGAAUUCUUUUCCAUCACCCAUCGUUCUCCGGCUCCCUUCUCACCCCCCACCAUGGCUCUUCCCGAGGCCCAUGACCGCAUGCUUUAUUUCGGGGUCUCCACCUACUUCUUCAACACAGCCGGCCUCGUGUACUACACGGCAGGGGCCCUGACGUACGCCAUCACCGACGACAUGAUUCCCAAGGAUAUCCAGCUCCGCCUGAACACGACCAGCAUGGCGGCCCUCAUUCCUCAGCUGAAGCUCCUGUACCCCAACAUGGCAAUGAAGCUCCGGGUCUCGCCUUCCUCCGCCCCGGCCCUGGCGAUCACGCCCGAAAUGCUGUCGCUGCAGCCCCUGGUGGACGUCCAGGCCUUCGCCAUUCUCCCCAAUUCCACCCUCGCGCCCCUCUUCAUCAUCGGAGUGUCAACCACCAUUUCGGCCCAGGUGUCGGUCAAUGCGACCAAGAUCUACGGGUCCCUGAAACUCGGCAGGAUGAUGAUGUCCUUGAAGCACUCGGAUGUCGGGCCCUUCUCAGUCCAGCUGAUGGAGGCCCUCAUAAACUUCAGUGCAGCUGGGAUCCUCAUGCCCCAGGUGAACGCCCGGCUGGCCGAGGGAUUCCCCCUUCCGCUCCCGGACGACGUGCAGCUCUCCAGCGUGUUCCUCCGGCUGCAACAGGGCUUCCUGCUGUUUGGCGCGGACGUUCGCUACGGGUAGCGAGGAAGAGGAGGCGGCGGCGGAGGGCGCUCGGCCCCGGCGGAGAAGGCGCCUCCCGGGAGGGGCUCGUGGGCUGCCCUGCGCUCCGGCGGUCCUCC